UCAUUAUUAUUUAAAACCUACCAAUUAAAGACAAUUGAAUUUAAAAGUAAAAAUUCCGAAGUUUCAAAACAAAGCAUUACUCUGCUAACUGAUAAGCAAUUCGAUCAUUCUUCAACUUUCUCUUCCAUGGAGCCUCAAAAUCGCAGAAACUUCACGGUGAAACAUGAAUCACCGGAUAGUGAUAACGUGGCGGACGGCGAACAGAGGUCGAUAGGUGAUGAAGCUAUCGACGAGGAAGAUCGACUUGGUGAAUCGGCCGGCGGGAAGACAGUUACGAUGAAAAAGAUAAAAGGAAGGCCGAGGAAAAACGACGCCGUCAACGGCCAAAACCCGUCGUCGUCCGCCGAUUCCCAAACCAUACCUAAACCCCCUCUUGGGCACCCCCCCGGUUUUGGAAAACUGCAGGUUCUUGCAUCGUUAGGUGGCUAUGCAUGGGAGACAUUCGGCGGAGAUUUUACCCCUCACCUUAUUCUCGUUGCACCAAAAGAGAAUAUUGUGAAUAGAAUAUCGAAAUUCUCGAUUCCACAGAGUCGAACAGUUUGCAUAAUUUCUGCUAUUGGUUCAGUUUCAUCUGUUAUUAUAUAUGAUCCUAACUCUGUUGCCUCAACAUUGAAAUUCGAGGGUAUGUUUGAGAUACUUCAACUGUCUGGAUGGUCUUAUGAAGGAGACGGUAUAAAAUCGAUGACCAUUUCAUUUUCUAAAUCUGAUGGAAACCAAGUCUUUGGUGGCGUUGUCGCCUCUUCGAUCAUAGCUGCCACUCCUGUUCAGAUAAUCAUGGGAAGUUUCAUGCAAAGAGUCUGGGAGGCACCGAUGAGUCGAUGACGAAGGAAUUUUGUAACGAUCCCAUCUCCUCUCUUUAAACUACCAAACGGCACCGUUUCCUUUCCAAUUUGUGACCACAAACCUUUUGAAUCUUAGAAUGUAAAAAGUUCUCUCUAAAACUUCUGUUAGUGAAUUUGUUAUUGUAAUGGAACUUUUCCCAUUUCUAGACUAACUCUCUUGUUCUA